UCCUCACUGCGCAUGCGUCAGUCGCCCGGCUGCCCGGCCCUCGCAAACAAACAGCUUCAGUGACUUUCAGUCAGCUCACGAGCUCAACCAGCUGGAACAUGAAGAACCUUCAUUUCAAGGAUUUCUUUUGGAACUCUGACCUGACCUGCACCGGUGGCUAUGAUGCCAUCAUCCAGUAUCUCAAUGAAGGCAAGAGGACGUGCAAGGAGGUGGAGGAUUUCAUGAAGGCCAGAGCAUCCAUUGAAGAGAAGUACGCCAAAGAUCUCCUUGGUUUGUCCAAGAAGGUGUGUGGAUACAACGAGAUGAACACAUUGAAACGAUCCCUGGACAUGUUCAAGCUACAGACGGAACAUGUCAGCCUGUCGCACUUACAGCUGGCGCAGAGCAUGAGGGAGGAGGCCAAGAAACUGGAAGACUUCAGAGAGAAACAAAGAGACGCGAGGAAGAAGAUGGAGCAACAGAUGGAUGCUCUGCACAAACAGAAGUCUGCACAGUUCAAGAAGACAAUGGAUUCGAAGAAGACGUACGAGCAGAAGUGCCGAGAUAAAGAGGAAGCAGAUCAGAACGUGAACAGAAACACCAACAACCCCAAGCACAUGGAGAAGCUCUACUCCAAGGCACAGCAAGCGAAACAGAAUGCAGAAGAAGCAGACAGGUUGUACCUUCAGAACGUGUCCACGGUGGGAAAGGUUCGAGAUGAAUGGCUGAAGGCUCACGUCAGAGCCUGCGAGAUGUUUGAGAAACAGGCGAUGGAGCGCAUUAACUUUCUGAGAAACACCGUGUGGACUCACCUCAACCAGCUCUCGCAGCAGUGCGUGACCAGCGAUGAGCUGUAUGAGGAAGUGAGGAAGUCCUUCGAACAGUGUGAUGUCCAGGAAGAUAUUGGACACUUUGUAAACCUGAGGCGGACCAACGACAAGCCACCAGCUCCAGUUGUGUACGAGAACUUCUACAGCGGUCUGCGGCCUCCAGCCGGAGCUCCACCCGCUCGACUGCCUCCACCCAUCACCAGGAGGGGGCCGUUACCUGAUCCCACACACAACAAUGAUACGAUCUACUCGACCGUGCAGGACGCAGGCUACAGUCUGAUCCAGUACUAACACACACCUGCUGUUCACGCUGCAGCGGUGUGACGGACGCGGGGUUGUGUGGCAUUAAUACAUUUAUUUUAUUGUUCUUGUGUUUUAAAAAUCAAAACAGGCUAAAAUAAAGUGUUUUGAUAUAAAAUGUGAUGAUAAUCGUAAAACAGUGGCAUCAAGGUUAAGUGCUGUGUAACUGUCCAGAUAUAGAGUGUAUGUAUUGUGUUUAUAUUAUAUAUUGCAAAGCUCUUCUGUGUAACUGCAUCUUAAUUUAUCUCCAGUCUUGUAUUUAUUUUUAUCAAACUGAAUAGAAAUUCACAAGAUAAGAUCGCCUGUCGUCUGCUUACUUCGUUUUCAUUUCCUCUUUGAUGUGAGACCAGCGUGACACACACACACACACACUCUCUCUCUCUCCGUGUCCAUAUAGAUUACUACAGACCCUGUUUUUCUUAUUUCUUUCCAUGAAAGUCCUGUUCUUUGUCAUCUAACCUGCAAACACUUUGGCAGUCUGACAGUCAGUCACUAAAAUAGAUGCAACAUGCAAUGUUUUCUGAAUACUUGAGGGUCGUUGGAAUGUUUUCUUUUGUAUGUUUACGGUGACUAGAUUUGAAACUGCAGGAGUAGAGACGGAAGAUUAAAUGUCAUUUCACCGUGAAACUGACCUGGUGUUGGUUCUGUAUGAAUAAAGUAACAAAGCACUUCAA